GCCCCUCCUCCUGUGGGGGCGGGUCUUUCCUGCAUUGUGUGCAGCAGCAGCGGGGAGGGCUGGACCGGGCUGGACCUGCUACUGGCCUCCUGGCUACCAAACCACUGCCCCCCUUUCACAGAUUCAUUCGAUUAUCACUAUCCGACCCAUUCUGAAGGAGCCGUAAGUUGCCUAAAAAGCGGCGUCUGCCUACAGCCAAGUAUGUGUCCAGCUGGAGGGAUAUCUGCAACCAUACACGCCAACAGACUGCGGGCAGAAGGCAUGGGCUCCAAGGAGCAGGCUUUGCACUUCUCCAACCAGGACUACGAGGCCCUGAAGCAGGAAUGUUUGGAGUCCGGCUGCCUGUUUGAAGACCCCUGUUUCCCUGCUGAGCCUCCAUCCCUGGGCUUCAAGGAGCUCGCCCCCUAUUCCUCCAAAACUAGGGAUGUGGAGUGGAAGCGGCCUACGGAACUGACGGAUGACCCUCAGUUCAUUGUUGGUGGUGCCACCAGAACGGACAUCUGUCAGGGAGCGCUGGGUGACUGCUGGCUCUUGGCAGCCAUCGCCUCGCUCACCCUGAAUGAGAGGCUUCUUCAUCGGGUUGUCCCACAUGGGCAGUCCUUCCAAGAUGACUAUGCUGGAAUCUUCCACUUUCAGUUCUGGCAGUUCGGCGAAUGGGUAGAUGUCGUGAUAGAUGACAGACUGCCUGUCAAAGAUGGGGAGAUCAUGUUUGUCCAUUCUGCUGAGGGCAAUGAAUUCUGGAGUGCACUACUGGAGAAGGCUUAUGCCAAGUUGAACGGCUCUUAUGAGGCUCUGUCCGGAGGGAGCACCACUGAAGGCUUUGAGGACUUCACAGGUGGUGUGUCUGAGAUGUACGAGCUCCGCAAGGCUCCCAAAGAUCUCCACAGGAUAAUUGGCAAAGCCCUGGAGAGAGGCUCUCUGCUGGGUUGCUCUAUCGAUGUAAGUGCUGACCAUGCUGGCAUGCCACCAAGACACGCAGAUCAAUGUUGCGCCAUUUUGAGAAAGCCAAUAAAAUUAAAAGCACUUCUAUUUAUUUCUGUGCGAGACAAUUCCUACUCUGACGCAGUAAUUGUGUUUCUCCUAUUAAUACAGAUCACUAGUGCCUUCGACAUGGAAGCUGUUACGUUCAAGAAGCUUGUGAAGGGCCACGCCUACUCAGUCACUGGACUGAAGGAGGUUGAUUUCCGCGGCAACAUGGAGCGCCUAAUCCGAAUACGUAACCCUUGGGGUCAGGUGGAGUGGACUGGCGCCUGGAGUGAUAAUUCCCCCGAAUGGGAUGAGGUUGACCCUUCUGAACGAGACGACCUGCAUCUUCAGAUGGAAGACGGGGAGUUUUGGAUGUCAUUCAGUGAAUUCAAGAGGCAGUUUUCUCGGCUAGAGAUCUGUAACUUGACUCCUGAUGCUCUAAGUGAAGACAGUCUCGGCCAUUGGAACACCAUGAAGUUCUACGGCGCAUGGAGGAGAGGCAGCACCGCUGGAGGCUGCAGGAACCAUGCCAACACGUUUUGGAUCAACCCCCAGUACAAGAUCACGUUGCUGGAGGAGGAUGAUGACCCGGAGGAUGAUGAGGUGGCGUGCAGUUUUCUAGUAGCUCUCAUGCAGAAGGACCGCCGCAGGUAUCGGCGCCAUGGUCAGGACAUGCACACCAUUGGCUUUGCUCUUUAUGAGAUUCCAGAAGAGUACAGAGGCUGCCAGAAUGUCCAUUUGAAGAAAGAUUUCUUUUUGAAACAUUCAUCGUGUGCUCGCUCUGAGACCUUCAUCAACCUGCGAGAGGUGAGCACACGGCUUCGUCUGCCCCCUGGAGAGUACCUCGUCGUCCCCUCCACCUUUGAACCCAGUAAGGAGGCUGACUUUGUCCUGAGAGUCUUCACUGAGAAGCAAUCAGAAACAGAAGAACUGGAUGAAGAAAUCUCUGCUGAUUUAGGAGAUGAUGAUGAAAUAAAUGAAGACGACAUUGAUGACUCUUUUAAGUCCAUGUUCGCCCAGCUAGCAGGAGAGGACAUGGAGAUUUCUAUUCAGGAGCUUCGGACCAUUCUAAACCGAGUCCUCUCCCGCCACAAAGAUCUGAAGACUGAUGGCUUCAGUGUGGAAUCAUGCAGGACCAUGGUCAACCUGAUGGAUAAAGAUGGUAGUGCCCGUUUAGGGCUGGUGGAGUUUCAGAUCCUCUGGAACAAGAUCCGAAAGUGGCUGGUCAUUUUUAGGGAUUUUGACCUCGACAAGUCAGGGGCCAUGAGUUCAUAUGAGAUGCGUCUUGCUGUGGAGGCAGCAGGUUUUAAACUGAAUAACAGACUGAACCAGAUUCUGGUAGCCCGGUAUGCAGAGAACGAGAUGAUUGACUUUGACAACUUCAUCUGCUGCUUGGUCAAGCUUGAAGCCAUGUUUAGGUCUUUCCAGCUGUUCGACAAGGAGGGAUCAGGAGAGGCUGAGAUGAACAUCAACGAGUGGCUUUACGUGACAAUGUGUGGUUGAAGAGUACUGGAGGAGGUUGUAGAGCAAAGUGCUUGCCUGCAGAUUGCCAUGAACCUGGAGAACUAAAGACCCUCCGCCUUAGCGACCUGUUGAUCCUUUAACACAUCCCACCUCAGUGUACGUAAAGCAGUACAACAUGCGUAUAACGGGAAACCAAAGUCCAACCAAGCCAAGUGUCUCCCGGCCGAAUUUUAGCAACUAUGCAAACCCACAUUAAGCAUUCACUGUGCCCCAUAGAUCUGUCAUCUCUGUAAAAACAGCAUGAGUCUGUGCAUAAUAAAAAUCACUCGCAGUAAUGUGCAUUGUAUGUUGAUUUCUACAUUUUAGUUUUGCUGUCUGUAUGAACUGAUAUACUAACAAUCAUUUCAGUGGUCUCAUUAUUUCAAAAUCUCACUAAAGGCUGGUUCGCUAAAGAACACAAAACAGAGGAAGACAUCUGAAGAAGUCUGGUAACGCUUUAAGCUGUCUUAUAGUUUCUCUUAAUCAUUCUGCACGUAUGUUUCCAUUUUGAUGAUCAUCUCUGUUAAUUUGGUAGUUUCAUUUUUAAACCUGUAGAUGGCAGUACAGACCCGAUCUAAUGUCAAUGUGCUUUUUGGCAGUUGAAACUGAAGUUUAGCCUGUUUUAUUUAUUACACAAAUAUUUGUAUUUAGUUGAAGUUAAGCAGCUGACUUUUGUUUAGUUUUACUUGAUUUUUUAUUUUGCACUGAGAUUUUGGUUUAAGGAAGCUGAAGUCGCACAUUAGUGAGAAAUACUGUAUUUCAGCCCUCAAUAUUUACAGGGAUCACGAUACUAAAUGCCUUAUACAUGACACCAUGAUGUUAUAAACAGCUAUUAAAAUAUGCCAGUCACGUGUUUUGUGUUGUAAAUGUGUAUGUCGUGCCUUCAAUAAAUAUUUCCUUCACGGUU